GGUGGUGAAAUGGUGUGCCGGCUCGGCGAGAACGGAAUUGGACGGGUUAAAAGGUGUAUUAAAAAACCGCCUCAAGCUAAACGAUCACCGUUAAAACCUGCGCUCUGGUUUCCGCCGAAUGUGCGUGAAAUAUGGGGGAAGAAACUGAGAUCUCGGUGAAAAGAGAGAAUCAGGACACGGAUGAAAAUACCGACAGCGGUGUGAAAUAUUACACGCGCGAGGAGGUUCAAGCCCAUAACAUGAGCAAAGACACAUGGCUCAUAAUCCACGAUAAAGUUUACGAUAUCACAAGUUUCAUGGAGGAGCAUCCAGGAGGUGAAGAGGUUCUGCUGGAGCAAGCAGGUGCAGAUGCAACAGAAAGCUUUGAGGAUGUGGGUCAUUCUACAGAUGCCAGAGAGAUGCUCCAGCAGUAUUACAUCGGCGAACUACAUAUGGCAGACUGCAACUAA